AAAAACCUUGACGUCUGCGAAAGGUCGAGGAUCGCGUGAGUCAACGCGUUUUACUGCCGCCACCACUUUUCGUCGUCGGGUUCUCCGGAUCUUGAAACGUUUUCUCGGCUUCUGGACUUUGCGAGAAACCAUUCGCAUGCCACUCAGCUGGUGCUCUGCGAAAAUUCGGUUUCGAGAUUCCAGAUAGCGACGCAGCCUCUCCUCAGCUGUCACUACUUCGCAGGAUUCCUCUCUGGACGAUUCCCUCCUGCCUUCGGAUCGCUCAGUCUGCCGCGCAGUCGGGACACUUUGGCAAGACUGUGUCUGGUCGGCCACAUCUGUAGCAAAACAGCUUGCGAUCCACGGACUCGCAAUCACGGAAUCCGUGAUCAGCGGCACCGCAGUUUCAGCAACCCGUCCGGAAUGGAUUUCGAGGUCGUCCACGCAAUUCAUCCACGUCGAAGGCGUAUGCAUCCUCCAGAGGCUCCGGUACGCAAGCUUCGGCCACUCGGGGUCUAUCCCCUGGCGGAUGACGCAAUGGUGGGUGGUACGAGGUGUGUCCUCGGCGACCGAAACUGCGUUCCACCUCUAUGCACUCCUGCCGCAAUUCGUCCACGGCGUGAGGCGAGCUGUGCAUACAGUGGAUGAAGUCCUCCACCGUCUCUCCCGGCUGCUGCUCCCGCUGCAGGAGCUCGUGCAUCCGGUCAUGCUCGGUCUGGUGCCCUCUAAAUCGAUCGAUAAGGGCUCGGCGCAGCUGCAGCCAACUGUCGACUCUGGAUUGUCGCACAUGGACCCAAUACCACUCCUUGGUUCGGCCGGUGAGGAAAACGUGGAAAUGUCGCAGAACCUCUUGCCAUGGACACUGGUGCUAUCGCUGCAGGAAUUCAAUUCGGAAAACGAAAUCCUCCACCGAAUUCCUCUCGUCGUCUCCACCGAACGAGACGUUACACCGAUCCACCUUUGGAUAACGGCUGCUGCACCCAGUGCCCACACGCCAACGUGGGCAUCCGAUGCUCGUCAGGAUACACUCCGGCCCUGUGGUCCUCGACGCGCUAGCCUCGCCCAUGGCUGUCCUGCCGCCUGUGCUGCUCGAUCUCCAGCGGAUAAUCCGGACUGCUGCUGGUCCACUCCGACGUUGUCUCUGCUCUUCGCUGUGGCUUUGGCGGAACCAGUGGAGGCGGACGACACGGUCUGCUUUCGGGAUGGCACCCUGCUUCUGCUGCGCUGACGCUUCUGCUGCUGCUGGUUGUUGCUGCCGAUCCACUUGCUGCUGUGUCGCCGGAAGAGGCAGAGGAUUUUCUGGCCUGAUCACAUCGUUGAGGAGCUUCAUCAUCUCGAGGAAACCGCUUCGGAUUUCCUCCCUCAAUGACUGGCUGACUCCGGCCUCCUGCGCCUUCUGAUAGGUCUCUGCCGCCUGUGCUACCGCCAAGUUUGUCGCGGACUUCUCCUCCAAACCGAGCCGUGAUUUCGCCGAGUUCUCGUCGCCCAGCUCGAGGAGUUGCUCUGCGACCAGACCCAAGUCGGCAAAAUUCAAGUGUUUCCGGGAAUCCUUCUGUAUAGCGGGAUCAACAUCCCGGAUCCGUUUCCGAAAUUGCUCCACUGGCGUCCUCGGCAACCCUCCAGCGCUCUCCCCCUGCAGCACCCUCUACAUCAGUAGACCAAAGCGCGUCAUCCUCUUCUCCAGGAGGACCCAUCGACCUCAACUGGUGGUCGUGCCUACUCCCAAAAUACCUAUCCUUGGGCAUCACUUACAAAAAAAAAAAAUAAAUACUUCCUAUACUAAUACCACAAAAGGAAUAUAUAAAUAAACAGAGA